GUACAUUAGUCCGAGCGACCACCGUUGGAACCUUGUUCUUAGAACGAGGCCACCGUGGGAUCAUGCCCUGUCCCCUGAGCAAAUCUUGCAAUAUGCUGGUAGAGGAGGUCGACGCGAUGUACUGGCGCUAUGGCUCAAUAAGCAACACAGCCCUGCUCAUCUCGUACUUCUUGGGAAGAGUGGCUCCCCAAAACGGGAUCCCAGAGGGCGUCUAUGAUAUCGACAAUGAGUGCAAUCUCAUCAUUGAGAACGUCACCGCCUCCAAUCAGGGAACCUACUACUAUAAGCUGAAACCGCAUUUACUAGGCAUGGAAGUGGGACAGAUUGAAGUUUGUGACAAGGUCUCCCCAAGACGUUCAUAUCCUACCGUCAUCGGCUGCAAUCAAGACCACGAGGUAGACACGUGCGAGGCGAGAGUACGACACGACAGAACGAUGCACAACCUGACCUGCGUCAUGGAGCAGGUCAAACCUGCUGUGGAAUUGAAGUGGUUUUUGGGCGGGCUGACGGAACUGAAGGCCUCAUCAGCAGUCAGGCCUGUGGUUCUACCGGCUAACACAGGUUUGUGGUUGAGGAACAACACCUAUUCAACUUCAGCAACAAUCCAAGUUCCUUCGGAUUACAAUGACAUAGAAUAUGUGUGUGAGGCAAUGGGUGUUGCUGUACUAGGAAGCAGUACUACACGCACGAGGGUGCGCCUUACCAAAACUAAACCCACAACGGCAACUCAUGAUGGAGCCUUGCUCUUAGAACGAGGCCACCGCGGGAUUGUGCCCGGUCCAAAUAGCCUAACUUGCAAAUUGAUGGUAGAAGACGUCGACGCGAUAUACUGGUUCUAUGGCUCACUAAGCGACACAUUCAUGCUCAUCUCAUACUUCAAUGGAAGAGUGGCUCCCCAAAACGGGAUCCCAGAGGGCGUUUAUGAUAUCGACGAUGAGUGCAAUCUCAUCAUCGAGAACGUCACCGCCCCCAAUGAGGGAACCUACUUCUUUAAGCUGAAACCGCAUUUACUAAGCAUGGAAUAUGGACAGAUUGAAGUUUGUGACAAGGUCGCCCCAAGUCGAUCAUAUCCUACCGUCAUCGGCUGUAAUCGAGACCACGACGCAGACACGUGCAAGGUGAGAGUACGACACGACAGCACGGUGCAUAACCUGACCUGCGUCAUGGAGCAGGUCAAACCUGCCGUGCAAUUGAAGUGGUUUUUGGGCGGGCUGACGGAACUCGAGGCCUCAACAGCAGUCAGGCCUGUAGUUCUACCGGCUAACACAGGUUCGUCGUUGAGGAACAACACCUAUUCAACUUCAGCAACAAUCCAAGUUCCUUCGGAUGACAAUGACAUAGAAUAUGUGUGUGAGGCAACGGGUGUUGCUGUAGGAAGCAGUUCUACACGCACGAGGGUGCGCCUUACCAAAACUAAACCCACAACGGCAACUUAUGAUGAAGUUCGUUCCUCCAGCAAUCCAGGAACAACGCUUGCUUUGACAGACGGUAUUCCAAUUCCCAACAAACCCGUCGAUUCGAUUGCGAUAUGGGUCGUGGCUUCAAUCUUACUCAUCUGCUUUGUCGCUGCCUGUGUCUACAUUGUAAGUACAGUGUGUAUAAUUGUACAUGUAUUAAAAAAAGUUGGUGCUGGGACUUGGCAGGGGUUAGGAGCUUUGCUAAAUAUUUUGUCAACUGUGCACGAGGAGGGGUAGGGA